CCUGGAAGGACUGACGGGCCCUGAGCACUGCUCUGGGCUCUAACCUGCUUCUGGUUCGUCCCUGGGCCCUGGAGACCCCUAAACAGGGCAGCACUCGGUGACUGAGACUCAGAUUCACUUGGUGCUUGGAAACUCAGCAAGUUGUGCAUUUUUAAGAGGUUAUUUCUGGUGCUUUUCUCGGGUUACUCAAGCUUGGGGCAGGAGUGGGGAGAGAGCCGGGCCCCGGCCCCUGGAAAUAGAGGAGUCUGGGUUGUACUGACUUUUGGUCUCUUGAAGCCGAGUCCUCCCUUUCCUGCAGGCCCCCUCAGGCCCCUUGCCUCCCCUGCCACUGUGGCCCAAUUCCCCUUCCGGUUUGGCCCCCUUGAUAUCAGGGAGCGGCUGUGAGUCUGAGCCCGAGACCGAUGGGUCCUCACUUCAUUAGGGCUUUGAAGCUAGAGAGGAACCUUCCUGUAGGGAUUUUGGGGAAUUCAUCCAAAUUUGUCCCUUUGCAGGCCAUGGCAGGUGAUCUCUGCUUUUCUCUAACCACUAAGGGAGGGAGAAACAAGCCCCCAGUGCUGAGUAGCCCCUCGGUUGUUAUCUAACAUGACCCUCACUCCCACCUCUGAGGUGGUUGUUACUACCCAUUUCACAGAUGAGUGAGACUUGUAAGGUUCAGAGAUGUUAGGUCACUCUCUGUGGCCACACAGCCAGCAAAUAUGGCUUCCGGUAUGGCUGUCUCCUGCAAGUGGCCUAGUUGGGAAAAUACGACAGUGAUAUUUUCCAUGAUAAUAUAUGACACUUAGGUGUAUUAUUAGCUACAAGACAUUUCCCCUUUCAUUCACUCAAGUCAUUCACUCAUUCAUUCAUGAAGUAUUUAUUGAACAUCUACGUGGACUAGGCCUUGUGCCGGGUGCCAGGAUAUAGCUGUCAAAGAUCCCUGCCCUCACAGAGCGUACAGGCUAGGGCUGCACUGCCCAUUAUGGCAGCCACUAGCCACCGGUGGCUACUGAGCAUUCGAAAUUGUGGCUAGUAUGAACGAGGACCUGAAUUUUAAAUUUUAUUUUAAAAUUUAAAUUGCACCUGUGUCUAAUCACUACCAUAUUGGAUAGUACAGCAUUAGAGUAACUUGCUGGAUCUCUGUUUUCCGUGGCUUCAUUACAAGUUGAAAAGCUUUCUUCCAGCUUCAGUGGGGGAGCUGCAAAGGCCUUUCUCCCUCUCUGUGUACAUGCCGAGCACAGAGAGGACAGUGACCAGGGAGUCUCCCUGGGGAUUUGUGAGAAUUGCCCAGACAUCGACACUGCAGGUUUCUAGGUGGCCUGGGAGAGUCCUCCUUCGUGCCGGGCUCUGCACACAGGCCCUGACCUCUGGGGGUGUUGUUCUGAGGGCGUUUGAUUUUCCUCGGCUUGCACACGCAGAGAUGUCCGUAGGAUUCAGCAAGGUGUGGGCGAUCGUCAGAGGCUUGGUUAGGGCAGGGGGAGAACCUCAAGAGGUGACCUGUUCAACUCCCUCUUCGUGUGCAUGGAGGGAUGGAGGCUUAGAAAGCUGGGUGGCCUGACCACUGUCACAGUAACGAAAGCUGGGCUGGACCAAGGGACACUCUCUGGCAUGAAGGAUGGGAGUGGCUGGGUAGUUUUCCUCAGGGGCUCUGAGGUUGGUGGAAGGGGCUCUAGGCUCACGAGGCACUGCUCUACAAGGCAGGAAUCAAGACUGGGGCUCUGGGCCCAGCUCCACCCCACCCUGCUGUGUGAUCUCAACUGCUCAAGGCCCCCACUUCUUCACCAGUAAAAAGAGGAUGCUGGAUUAUCUAGUGAUUGGAAAUCCCUUCCCAACUUGACUUUAUGGUCUGUCAUCAGAUCCUUCAAGCAGCCCACAUACAUGGAUGAGGAAACUGACUUUUAAGUAGCUUCUGAGUGGCAGGCAAACUCCAGAUGUUUUGUAUUCCCUGUCUUGACGUGGGAUGUCUGUGGGAGCAAAGCAUCCUUAGGUUCUUAGGCUGAGUUAGUUCCCUGCAUUUGUACCAGGGAUCCUGGGAUUUGCAGGGGGAGGCGGCGUUGUUACAGAGUGGGCCGUGUUUUCUGCCUGGGUUCUCCUCCAGCCAGGGGUGUUUGUGAGAACACUGGAAUCACAAAGUGGCCCAUGGCGGAGAAUGCAGCCAGAACAAAGGCGCCCUCUCCCCGCCGGGGCCCGGGGAAUACUAACUAGUUGACAGGAAUUUUAAUAUAAAACUCUCCCUCUUCCUUGUCAUUCGGAGGUUUCAGGAAGCCUUCGGGCUUAUCGUGCAGAGGCACACAGCACAGACAGGGCUUGGGGAGGUGAGAGGUGAUUUCCUGCCAUUCUUCUGCGGGGCGGGCUUCCCAGGGCGGUCAUGCCAGGCUGACGGGGCGCAGUGCGGGCUCCCACUGCUGGGGGGGAGAGCCGGGUUUUCAUGGGGCGGCAGUCGAGGCAGGACCCGCAGCCAUGAACCGCUUCAAUGGGCUCUGCAAGGUGUGUUCGGAGCGCCGCUACCGCCAGAUUACCAUCCCGAGGGGGAAGGACGGCUUCGGCUUCACCAUCUGCUGCGACUCUCCGGUCCGAGUCCAGGCCGUGGAUUCCGGGGGCCCGGCAGAGCGGGCAGGGCUGCAGCAGCUGGACACGGUGCUGCAGCUGAACGAGAGGCCCGUGGAGCACUGGAAAUGCGUGGAGCUGGCACACGAGAUCCGGAGCUGCCCCAGCGAGAUCAUCCUGCUUGUGUGGCGUAUGGUCCCCCAGGUCAAGCCGGGGCCAGAUGGCGGGGUCCUGCGGCGGGCGUCCUGCAAGUCGACCCAUGACCUCCAGUCGCCCCCCAACAAGCGGGAGAAGAACUGCACCCACGGGGCCCAGGCACGGCCAGAGCAGCGCCACAGCUGUCACCUGGUGUGUGACAGCUCGGAUGGGCUGCUGCUCGGUGGCUGGGAGCGCUACACUGAGGUGACCAAGCGCGGGGGCCAGCACACCCUGCCUGCACUGUCCCGUGCCACUGCCCCCGCCGACCCCAACUACAUCAUCCUGGCCCCGCUGAACCCUGGGAGCCAGCUGCUGCGGCCUGUGUACCAGGAGGAUGCCAUCCCCGAAGAAUCAGGGAGUCCCAGCAAAGGGAAGUCUUACACGGGCCUGGGGAAGAAGUGUCGGCUGAUGAAGACGGUGCAGACCAUGAAGGGCCAUGGGAACUACCAGAAUUGCCCGGUCAUGAGGCCGCAUGCCCCACACUCAAGCUAUGGCACCUACGUCACCCUGGCCCCCAAGGUCCUGGUGUUCCCCAUCUUUGUUCAGCCUUUAGAUCUCUGUAACCCUGCCCGGACCCUCCUGUUGUCGGAGGAGCUGCUGCUGUAUGAGGGGAGAAACAAGGCUGCCGAGGUGACGCUGUUUGCCUACUCUGACCUGCUGCUCUUCACCAAGGAGGAUGAGCCAGGCCGCUGCAACGUCCUGAGGAACCCCCUCUACCUCCAGAGCGUGAAGCUGCAGGAAGGUUCUUCAGAAGACCUGAAAUUCUGUGUGCUGUAUCUAGCAGAGAAGGCAGAGUGCUUAUUCACCUUGGAAGCUCACUCGCACGAGCAGAAGAAGAGAGUGUGCUGGUGCCUGUCGGAGAACAUUGCGAAGCAGCAACAGCUGGCGGCUCCGUCCCCCGAGAGCAAGAAACUGCACCCUUAUGGCUCUCUCCAGCAGGAGAUGGGGCCGGCCAACUCAACCAAUGCUACCCAGGAUAGAAGCUUUACCUCAUCAGGACAGACUCUGAUUGGCUGAGCAAACCCAAGGGCAGGACUCUGCUUCUGGCAACUUAACUCUUUCUUGGGCAUCCCUUACCACACAGUAACCUCACCUCAACUGGACCCAAAACGGAGGACCAAGAUGGUGGGCCUAGGGUCAUCUGAAGGGAGUGGCCCCACGGGUGUGUGGACUGGCGUCAGAAGGACCACAGUGGUGUGAGAGGCCCUGUGGGCAGAUGCAGACUGGCUCAGAAAGUCCCAAAUGGAGAAGACCCAGAAGCUUAUUCCCUACAAGGAAGAAGGAGGUGAAAUAGCAUCUGGGCUACCGGUGGUUCCAGUGCCUGCCUCAGGGGCAGCCGGAGAAGUUGGGAGAGGUCAGCCCUGAUGGAGAACAAUGCCAGGAUCCGCUGCCGCCAGAAGAUAUCUCCACCCAUUCACUCAUUUUUCAUCUGAACUCAUGCGUUCAUUCCUUCAUUCAUCAGAUAUUUUUAGGGCGUCUACUUUAUGCCAGGUUCUGGGCUAGGAGCUGGAGAUACUAUGGAGAACGAGAGGGACAUGGUCUCUGCGCUUAUCAAGGUUUCAGUCUCAGUAGGGGAGAGAGCAUUACAUAAACACCAACACACACACACGGGGUUACACACUGUGAUCAUCUAUGGAGGAAAAGAAAGGAUUCCUUUAAGAGAGAAUAUUAUUAGAGAUUGCUGUGUGUGGGUGUGGGGUGGGAGAGGGGAAGAGCAUAACCUUUAAGCCAAGGAAGGAGUUAGCCAGUCAAGGACUUUGGAAAGGAUUUUCCAGACAGAUGGAGCAGCCUGCGAAGAGUACCUGAGCUAGCAAGGAGCAGGAUGUGCUGGAGGAACGGAGCCCAGGCCGCUGGAGCUGGAGCUUAGUGAGGGGGAAGACCAAGCAGGUGGGGGCCAGAUGGUACAGGGCUUUGGUGGUUAAUGUAUUGACUGCAUUUGAGACACAGUGGGAAGCCAUUGAAGGCUUUUGAGAAAGGGAGUCACAGACUCUCAGGGACAUUUCUAGACGAUGAGAGAACCCAAGGAGGGGCCCAAGUGGGUGUGAGGAGAUCAGUUUUUUUUUUGAGGGGGGGGUCCCUUCAGUCCUCCAGGUGAUGGGUGAUGGUGGCCCAUCCUGGAUGAUGUCUGGGGAGGCGAGUAUGUGAAUGCCCAGACCCUCGGGUAGGGGAGGCUCUGCGAUGAGAAGAGAGAGUUUCCUGUCCCUCCACUGCUCUCACCCUCAUCCUCCACUGUGUCUCACUCUUUCAGCGGAUGCACGUAAGGAUGGGGCCUUCCUCACAGAGCCCCCUCCUGGUGAGGCCUGGGUAGGGACCAGUGCUGAGUUCUGAGAAUGUCCCUGGGAGUUGGGAGUUAUGGGUGCUUCAGCUGGCCAAGGUGGUCAAGUUCACAGCCCCCCAGCCUCAGCAGGGGUGGCCUGUGCUGUCCCUCCAUCCUGUGAACACAGCCCUCUGGAAACUGACUGGGUUUGCUUUCUGCAGAGCUCCUGAGGGUCGGGGACUGGGGCUAAGUGAGGCUCAGCACACUUAGAGGAGGCCGUCCUGCCAUGAGGCUGACAAAGGCCUACGUGGGGGCAGCGAUUAGAGCGCAGCCUGCUCACUGCUGCUGCAUCUUCUGGUGCAGCCCAGCGUUGGGCAGCUUUCACACCCUUCUCUAACUGCGCAGACAUAGCUCACACACAAAGGGUAUGUGUAGGAUCAGGGCCAUUUGCAUAGAAAGGGGGUCAGAGAGGCUGGACUUCAGUUUAGAGAAGUCCCCUUGGAGCUUGGACACUCCGUGUUGUGUCUUUUAAGAGCUUCUCCGUGUCUUUAGAGAGGGGUCUUGUGCCCUGGUGAGUUUGCUCAGCUGCUUUGGCUACUUGACCCCUAACAAGGGUGGCCCAGAAGAGAAUUUGCCCCUUACCUCCCACGGAUCACCCCUCCUCCCAGCCUAGGAAAGAUCAGACACGUCGCAUCAGUAAUCUAACAGGGGAUCAGCCCAGUGUCCUGCCCAGCAGGGGAAUAGCCUGGGCCUGAAGUGGGACAAGUGAUCUGCAGUGUCUAUCAGCCGAGACUCCGCCUGCAGGGUUAAUUCUGAGCGGCUGAGCAGCUGAGUCUGCACAGACACAAGCUGCACCAUGACUUCAUUUGAUUCCCUUUUACAAAAUGACAUUAAGGGGAGUGUGAGGCGCAGGAGAAUUGCCUGUCUGGGAAGACAGCGAGCUUUUCUCUCCCGGACCUGGGGACCUACCUCUGUCCACCAGACAGGUGCAGAGGACGGGGGAGCUCUGGCAGCAGGGAAACGGAGACUCGGAACACGGCACUUAGCCCUGGGGACGGCACUUUCCUCUGGCUUGUCCCAACAAGCUGCUGAGUGGAGCGGAAGCUCCCGUCAGGGUCCUAGACCUGGCUGGCUGCUGGGAAAGCAGACAUCAGCUCCUGGAGGGCCCUGGACCCAUCUUCCCAGUGACUGUUGUGAGCCACAGCGCCAUUGCUGCUCUGCCUCUCAAAUCGAUGAGACAAUUAAUUUGGCUCCACGGGCUCGAGAAGAUGAAAUAUGACCGGGUGGCCACUGCUCCUCAGAGGCCCAGUCCAUCCCAGACGUCCAGGAUGAUGAACGCAUCGAAAUCGCAUUUGAGAGUCAUAAUCACGGGAAACAUGGCCGAGCCCCUCCCUCCACAUAAAUCACGCUAAGAAGCUCACACAAUGGUCUCUUUCCUGAUGGGCCAAUUGUCUUGGUGUGUGUCUCGGGGCGAGCUGGGAGCAUGGGAGCACAACCAUUUAUUGUUGAAAAGGCCAUCUGUGCGAUUUGAAUACAAAGUGAUUCUUUAAGUUCC